AUGGCGCCUACAUCUCCCACCUUCAACCCUCGCAUCACCUCGUUAGACUUCGAUACCAAUCGUAGAAGAAGGAGGCGCUCCAGUGGCUCAGGACCUCGACCUGGUGACGACGGUUACGACUUCAUGGAUCAGGUUGCCCAAGGCAUCAUCGAGCAGGAUCGUCUCAAGAUGCGCAGAGAAGUCACUCGCGUGCUGAGCUUCGUCUGCGCCGUCCUCAGUUGCUUAUGCGCCGGAUCCAUCACCUCGUUUUCCCUCUAUGGCGUACGUUUUCUUACCGACCUCCACUACACUCAAUUCCGAGUCAAUGCGGUCUCGAUCACGGCGGAACUGGCAAUGUAUCUUCCCGUACCGUUAUUUGGAUAUCUCUGUGACAGAUAUUCUCCUCCGCCGCUAUCACUUCUCGCAUCCGCUCUCUUUGGCUUCGGUUAUAUCCUUGCCGCAUAUACUUACAGAUCUGGCCCACCUGCAGAUGCGAAGAUUGAUGGACAAGGAUGGCCUUUUGGAAUCAUGAUUCUUGCAUUUGUGGGCAUCGGUGCAGGGACAAGUUGCAUGUAUCUUUCCGCUGUGGCUACAUGUGCAAAGAACUUCGCAACCGCAAAAUACCGUGGCUUUAUGCUGGCCGUGCCUAUUGCGGCUUUUGGACUGAGUGGCAUGUGGGAGAGCCAGAUUGGUGCGCAUUUGUUGUACGAGAGACUGCCCAAUGGCCAAAAGGGUGAUCUCGAUGUCUUCAAGUAUUUCAUCUUCCUGGCGGGUACCUUGAUUGGCGUAGGUCUCCUGGGGACUCUGGGCCUACAGAUUGUAGAUGAAGAGGAUCUGAUCGAUCAUGGUGUCGAAGCCCUCGAACGAAGUGGCUUGCUGGAUGAAAGCGAAUUCUAUCACGACUCCCGAGCUCCCACUCCCGUCAACUAUGGCACCAUAGAGAGCCCCCCCUCAGACUCGGAAACUGUGUCCGACGAUGACGACGACGAAGAAGCAUAUCUCGAUCUCUCUGCAUCACAAGUCAUCAAGCAUCGGGAGGAAAAAUCUAGGCUAAAAAAGAAAAAAUGGUGGCUGUUAAACCAUGCAACCCACACAUUCCUCACAGACCAUACUAUGUGGCUCCUAGCAGCCGGGUUUUUCCUUCUCACUGGACCUGGAGAGGCAUACAUCAAUAAUUUGGGCACCAUCAUUCCGACGCUUACGCCUAAGAAUUAUUUCGAUGUAACGAGUCCUCCCGCUGGGCGUGCUUCCACCCAUGUUUCCAUCAUCGCUUUGGCAUCAACUUUUGCCCGUCUCUUCACUGGUACUUUAUCCGAUUUAUUCGCACCACCUUCCUAUCCCGAGAACCCCCCCUCGACCCGAACAAGUUUUUCGCGGCUGGUGCUCCUUUUACCUUCGGCAGUCUUGCUUUUAUUCGCGUUCCUCACUCUCGCCCUUCCGUUCCUAACCACGGCCACACCAUCCCUCUUCCUCCUAUGCUCUGGACUACUUGGUCUUGGCUACGGUGCAUCCUUCUCUUUGGUUCCUAUCAUUAUCUCUGUGGUUUGGGGUGCGGAAAACUUCGCUACAAAUUGGGGUGUUGUCGCAAUGAUGCCUGCAGGGGGCGCGGCAGUAUGGAGUCUAGUCUACUCUGCAGGAUACUCCGAUGCCAGUGACAGCCAGGGCGAAUGCCGUGGUUAUGCAUGUUUCGCUGUCUGGGCUUGGGGCUGUGCUGUGAGUGUGUGUGCAGCAAUUGUUCUAUGGUGCUUGGCGUGGAGGUUGUGGCGGCAGAGAAAUGUCGUUGUUUAG